AUUUUUGCUAGUGAAAGUUUUUCAACAGAAAAUCCGAUUUAAAAACAUGGAGGUCAAAGUAAUGAUCCCCCAACGUCCACGAUGAUGAAUGGACCCAGCCAGAAGGAGAGAACAGAAAUUACCAUGAAAUCAAAGGAAUUGAUGACACCAGCUGUAUCAGACUAAAAGGACAGAACCAUCCAGCGCCUGACGCUGAUCAUCGAAAGCCAGGCCCAGCAAAUAAAGGAACUGACUGAGACAGUUAGGGACCAAAACAGUAAAAUAGACUGCCUGACCACCCAGCUGUUCAGAAUGAGAGGCAGCCUCGAAACACAGCUACAAUACGACCAGAGACUCUACGGGAUAUGAGCGCUGAGCAGGAGAGGGCUUUGAGAGAAGCAGCCGUAGCAGUUGGAGUAUUUGGGCCACCAGUGUCUCUUACGAUGGCUCUCAAUCCAGCAAGAUAUACGAAUAGCUUCUUACCGCCAGUAUCUCAACCAAUGCUGAAUCGAGAACCAACACCUAUCAAAGAAGAUAACAGUGAUAACGAUGAGGAAAGUAUUGAUGUGACCAACGAAGAAGACGAGGAGACCCCAUCUGGUUGCGGUGUGUCCUCUAGUAGCGGUCCCGUACGACCUGAACCACUUACAGCUGGACUGUACCCGACCUCUGCAGAAACAGUUUACGAAACUUCUGCUAGGUUGCUCUUCAUGGCUGUCAAAUGGGCGAAGAACCUGCCUAGCUUCGCCAGCUUACCUUUUAGAGAUCAGGUAAUAUUACUAGAAGAAUCUUGGAGCGAACUAUUUCUACUGAACGCCAUUCAAUGGUGCAUGCCCUUGGACGUUUCGUCAAGUCCAUUGUUCAAUCCCGGAGAACAUGCCAAGAAUGGACACUCUGCAGCAGAUGUCAAAAUUCUCGCAGAUACUCUACUGAGGUUUAAGGCGAUUCAUGUUGAUCCUGCAGAGUUUGCGUGUCUCAAAGCUAUAGUUCUGUUUAGAGCUGAAACUCGAGGACUAAAGGACCCCAGUCAAAUUGAAAACCUGCAGGACCAAGCACAAGUUAUGUUGUGGCAACACUGUCGAACGCAACUACCAGGUCAGGUUGCCAGGUUUGGCAGGUUGUUGCUCAUGCUGCCACUUCUCAGGAUAGUACCAGCUGUCAGGAUCGAAGCUGUUUUCUUCCAAAAAACCAUCGGAAAUACACCGAUGGAAAAAGUUUUAUGUGACAUGUACAAGAAUUAGACGUGAUUUGUUCUGAGUUCUUGAUUCAAAGUUGAAACGUGUAGUUGUAAAGCUAUAGCCUCAUAAUUUUUAAAUGAAUUCCAAAAUGUCAACAAAAAGUAGCACAUACACUUGAGAAGCAAAGCAUACAGAUUUUGUAGGAUUUAUCGCAUAUACGAGGUCGGUCCGACAAGUACUUAUCCCCACAGCCUGAUGGCGCCACUAUCGCAGGAGAACUUACUAUCGUGUACAUUCUCGUAGGUGGCUACUGUCAAAAUCGGACUCGAUGUUUCAUUUUGACAGCGUGUGGGUGUGGGCGUGUCUGAGGAUUUUAGAGAAAUGGAACGCGUCGGUUUUUGAUGAGCCUUGCCCAGGUGCCCCGAAAAUGGCUACCACGGAGGAUAACGUGACAAAAAUCCACGAUUUCGUAUUGACUGACCGCCGAUUGAAGGUGCGCGAGAUAGGUGAGUCACUAGGCAUCUCAAAGGACCGCGUGGGUCAUAUCCUGCAUGGAAUAUUGAACAUGAGGAAGCUGUGCGAUGGGUGCCGCGUUUGUGAGACCACUUCAGAGUGUUUGACGCUGUUUAGGCGCAAUCCAGAGGAGUUCCUGCGUCGUUCCGUGACCGUCAACGAAACAUAGAUCCACUAGUACACACCAGAGACCAAGGAACAGUCGAAACAGUGGACUUUACCAGACGAACGUGCUCCGAAGAAGGCGAAGAUUGUCCUAUCGGCCGGAAAGGUGAUAGCCACCGUUUUCUGGGAUUCACUAGGUGUGAUCUACAUCGACUACCUGGAGAAGGGCAACACAAACACAUGGCUUUCUCAGACUAUGCCGAAUUAUGGGGCCGAUUUGACGCCAACUGCAGAAAAAAAACAGGUGGCGACAAAAAAGUGGUCUUCCACCAUGACGUUUGCCGUCGCCUCGGCCAAUUAAGCUACGAACUGCCGCCCCAUCCACCACAUUCUCCAGAUUUGGCCCCGUGCGACUUCAUUUUGUUUCCAAACUUGAAAAAGUCACUCCCGGGCUGCAAUUCGAGUCGAAUGAGGAGGUUAUCGCCGCCGCAGACCUCCAGAAAACGUAUUUUUCAGACUCGUUAAAGAAGCUGGAGCAUCACUAAGUCAAGUAUAUCCAGCUAAAAGGAGACUAUGUUGAGAAAUAAAUCACCACUUUUUAAAAAGGAGCGUCCUCGUAUGUAUGGAAUUUAUAAAAUUUGUAUAAAGAAUGAAAGGAUAUGAAUUGAAACCGAGUUUUCAAAAUUUCUCCUUUCUUACUCCAGAAAAUGCUCUCAAACAAUUUCAGCUGAUGGCAGAUGGAAAUUAAGACGCGAGGUGAGUCAGGCCACUAAGAUUAUAGGCGAGUCAAAUUAGUAGAGUUGCUAAAUGGGUGGAUAAUUCAGAAUUUUAUUUCUCACAGUCCAGCUUGAGGCAGUAGAACUGACUGUAGGAUAUACAUUCCCAGGCGGUUUGAUUCUGAAUUAGCCAUCAUUCUAUCAACGUUACAAACUUACUCAAAUUUGAUUAUGCUGUAACGGCAUCCAAUCGCGGACCUGCACCUCCAUUGACCAAAGCUAGACAUAAAUGAUGGAUCCUAAGCAAUUCUGAACCAAUAUUUUAACUCCAGAGAUGUUGAAAUGAGGCUAUUGUGUAUGCUGCACCAUGUAGAUAAUUAUUGUAUUAAGACUGAAAUUUUUUGUAAAUACUCAAAUAGAUAGCACUGCACAGAUAUAGAUAAAUAUGCCAACGUUUUCGAUAUCAACGAGUACUCACUUCUUUAAGGGCACAAACGUAUUCCAAAUAUUAUAAAAGAGUGUUGACUCCAUUUUCUAGUCGUUACUUGUAGAAAGAUCCUAUGUUGUACAUAAUUUGAUGUUGACUUGAAGGCGUACUAAAGAUCUCUCGUAAAAGAAUGUGAUGUUAUUAGAUGUAAUAAUACUUAUUAUAUGUACCUGUAAAUGUAAUAUAAG